GAAAAGUAUGAAGUUGUUUUCGAAAAGGAAUUAUAUUUCACUGCUCAUAUAUACUUAAACCUGAGUAUCUACAAUACGAAACCCCGCCUCGUUCAUCAAAAUAGACCUCUCUCUCUCUCUCUCUCGAAAAUUCGUUCUAAUUUCAAACACUUACGAUAACAAGAUGACUGAUCGCCCAACGCUUGUUCCACCUCCUCCGAUCAAUCCCUCGAAAUCUGCCAUCGAGAAUGUGUUGGAGCUUCGAGAGCUGAGUCAAAUUGCGCCAGAUAUCUUCACGAAUACUCACCCUUUAUGGCAUCCCCCUGGCGCACGAGGCAUUUAUGGAGGGGCAAUUAUCGCACAAUGCCUUGCAGCCGCACAAUGCACAGUUCCGCAUAACUUCACGGUACACAGCAUGCACUGCUAUUUUGUCUUAGCUGGAAACUCCGAUUUGCCAGUCAUGUAUUACGUCGAACAUGUUCGUGAAGGUCGCUCGUUCGCUACUCGUACAGUGCAAGCACGUCAAAAGGGAAAAUGUAUUUUCACAACGACUAUGUCAUUUGUGAGGGAGAACAGUGGAGGGAAGCAAAAAGUAGAACAUGCGGUGCCAAUCCCCAAGAACAUCAGACAACCGAAUGAGGAUGAAGAGUUGUUACAGAUGGAAAUGAGGACUGAUAGUCCAUUUGUUAGUCAAAGACUCGAGAUUUUGAAUGGGGAGACUGGGCAACCGCAUGAACAGAGAACCCGGCAGUGGAUCAAAGCAAGGGGAAGAAUUAGUGAUGAAGGUGGACAUCAGGCGCAUUUGAAUGCAUUGGCUUAUAUGAGUGAUAGCUACUUCAUUGGAACUGUUGGGAGAAUACAUAAACUAUGGAGAUAUGGCAGCGAAGAAAAUAAAAAGAAGGGAGACACCGCAGGAGAAAACGACAACGAAAAGUAUAUGAAGAAAUUGAAAGAAGCAGAAGGCUUCGGCGACGAUUUGAAUAAUGAAAAGAGGAGACCAGAGGUUGGUAUGAUGGUUAGUUUAGACCAUACUAUAUAUUUCCAUGAGCCAAGGAGGUUUAGAGCAGAUGAGUGGAUGUUUACAGAGAUGUCGAGUCCAUGGUCUGGAGAUGGGAGAGGAGUGGUCACCCAACAUAUGUUUACUAAGGACGGAACGUUGAUUGCUACUUGUUUUCAAGAGGGUGUUGUGAGACUUAACCAAGACGGAACAGAGAAAGCUAAAAUCUAAGGGAAUGUAGUGCAAUGAAAUGAUUCUGCGAGGUCGACUGUAGGGUGUAAUAUAUCGAAUAAGGGGGAAGAGAGCGAGGGACGAGCAUUGAGCAUAUGCAGAGUUAUGUUUUGAUAGACUUUUAGAUUUCCUUUUCGAUACCAUUUCGUACAUUCUGGUUCUUGGGGCAGCCCGAGGGCAAAGCAAUAGACUUUCCAAAGAGACGGCGCAUUAGAUAUUCUGGACGUUGUUUUUGAUAUGCCACCCCUUGUAUCUUCAUAUGGAAACAUAUGGGUAUAAUAAAGUCUUGUCAAACUGCACAAAUGCGCACGGCUAACAGAGAAUCUCUGCAGACUUCA